UAUGGCUGGAGACCAUAAUUUUAAGAGGACAAUACUGAUUACGGGUUCAACAGAUGGCAUUGGCCGACAAACGGCACUGGAACUUGCCGUCCACAGUAAAGAAAAUUUCGUUAUUGUGCACGGGAGAAGCGAGGAAAAAUGUCAAGCUGCCAUCGAUUAUAUUAUGCGUGAGGCAAAGUUAAACGAUAAGUCCAAUCUGGAUUUUGUUGUUGCCGAUUUCUCGGAUUUGAAAGAGGUGUCUAAUCUGGCGACAGAAGUGGAGAAGCGCUUUCCGCGGCUCAAUAUUUUAUUGUGUAACGCCGGUGUUCUUUUGCCGAAAAGAACGGAAAGCAGGGAUGGAUUGGAAUUGACUUUUCAGGUAAAUCACCUCGCACAUUUCCUCAUAAUCAAUCGUUUGCUAGAACGAUUAAAAGCAAACCAACCGUCCAGAAUUAUUGUUGUGAGCAGCAGUCUUCACAGUUGGCACAAAAUCGAUUGGAGGGAUAUGAUGGCGGAGCAAGAAUACGAUAAAUAUUUACAAUUUUCGCGCACAAAAUUGAUGAACCAUUUGACAACAUUUGCGCUACAUCGUCUCCUGGUAAGGCAGGGAUGUCAUUUUCGGGUCACUGCAAAUGUUGUCGAUUUGGGAAAUAUGGAACCACAACCGGCACGAAGAAACAGGCACAAAAUCGAUUGGAGGGAUAUGAUGGCGGAGCAAGAAUACGAUAAAUAUUUGCAAUUUUCACGCACAAAAUUGAUGAACCAUUUGACGACAUUUGCGCUACAUCGUCUCCUGGUAAGGCAGGGAUGUCAUUUUCGGGUCACCGCAAAUGUUGUCGAUUUGGGAAAUAUGGAACCACAACCGGCACGAAGAAACAGGUCACGAAGCACAUCGUUAUCAUCUUCGGACACGACACUGGUGCUGAGUAGUGGUGUUGGCACGCUGCUGACGCUGAUCGAAUCUCCCUCACUGGAAUGUGUCAGUGGUAAAUACUUCGAUUGUCACGGGAAGCAAAUACGGAGUGGCUCCGAUUCCACAGACGAGCGGUUGCAGCAGAAGCUCUGGGAAUUAACAUUCGUCGUUGCGGGUUCUGUUAAUCAUCUGGCGCCGUACAUUUUAUCGCGAUCGCUAUUCGGCCUGCUGAAGAAAAACGCUCCAUCUCGACUGGUUCUUGUGAGCAGCAUUUGUUAUGAAUGGUUUGUGAUUGUAUGUGCUUCUAGUUCUGAAAUGUUAUUGGAAAAUCACUGCAGGUAUUCGCUGGAUUGGUCUGAUUUGGAAAGUAAAAAAAGCUAUGAGAAGUAUACACAGUACUCGCGCACCAAACUCAUGGUUCACCUAACAGCAUUCAAACUGGCGCGCCUUUUCGAUGGCUCCGGAGUUACGUGUAAUGUUCUGGAACCGGGCGUUAUCGAAACGAAGCUUCUGCGUGUCGCCAACGUAAAUGGCGCUUACUACGACAGUAGCUGCAAACGUGUCACGAAACUGUUCAAGGAUUCAACGGACGUGAAGCAACAAGACGAGCUGUGGCAGUUUACGGAGAAUCUCUGCAAGCAGAAGGGCAUCAAAUUGGCCAGCAUAUAAUU